AUAGAUAUUAUUUACCUUUACCAACUCCACCUUCAUAUACUAAUAUUGAGAAUACUAAAUCUACACAGAAUUGGUUUAAUAAUGCAAAACGUUGUCAUAUUGAUGCUACCUUUUCAUUAUCAUCAA